GUGUAUGGGUCCCACAAGCGCAGCAGAUCGUCUGCCUGGGAUGGACAGGGCAGAUAUUCUCCGACAGGAUCUGUCGAUGAUAUCAUUGCGUCUCCGAGCCUGUCCGAUUACUCAUUGGACAACGGACUGGUAGACCUUGUCCUUCCGAACAACAAGCCCAAGCAGCAGAACAACAAGCCUCGGUCGCAGCGACGGCCGUCCAACCGGGACGAAUUCGACGGUCCACAUCAGUUUCUGCAGCGUCCACCGCCUGAUGUAAUUGCCAUGCAGGAGAGAGAGCUUCCACACCUGCCAACCAACCUCCAUGUCCAGGAACAGGACAACGUUCUCAACCAGGUCAACGACCGGUUGUCGCAAUGCGCCUACGACUUUGUGGCCAAGUACCAGUUUCCCAUUCCGUUGACUCAAGACAUGAGGCCCGUGGAGAGGCCACAGGACCGCGAGUGGACCGAAUGGGUGUACCUCUUGAAGAGGCUUGCCACCAAGAGACGGAUUCCCGCCAGAGUCCUCUACAAUGGGCAGAUCAAGCAGUUUGUCACCAUUCUCGAGAACUCGCUCGAGAUGCGGCACGCUGCCAAGCAUCAGAGCCGCCCUCUGAAAGAUGAUCGAAACAUUCUCCAGCUCAUUUCCGCUGGUAUUCAGGUCGCCAAGAUCCUGAAGGAUGCGUCGGCGAUGGACUAUCUCGACCGGCUAUACGUUUCAACGGAGAAGCAGAUACAGGAGCGUGCCAACGCGCGAUUCCGAUCCUAA